GGCAAGACUCGAUCAUUUACAACACAACAGGUUUUUUCCAUUUCCUUCACGAUGGAACCUGUGAUGAAACAAUCACAUAAUGCAUCAAGGCAUGCUUGCGGUGACCCACGGAAAGCAGAAAAUCGACAGUCCAGCUACACUAUUAAAUCGCAUCGAUGUAUCGAACAUCGCAUUAUCAUAUAACCAUCAUCUCGUAACUUUCAAAUAACCUUUCUACUUCUUUGUGUUACGUUACGUUUAUUUACAAAUAUUGUCCAUAAAUGAGAUACGACAGAAGCCUAGCAAGAUGAGAAGCAGAAGCAAUUCAGGAGUCAGAUUGGAUUACUACCAACGGCUCCUGCACAAAGUUAUAAUGGAACAUCAGAACCCUGUAACAGGCCUAUUCCCAGUGAGCCUCGAGAAUAACCACGCCUGGAUUAGAGACAAUGUUUACUGCGUGCUCUCUGUUUGGGGCCUCUCUAUGGCAUACAAGAAAAUGGCUGAUCAGGAUGAAGACAGAGCAAAGACAUAUGAGCUUGAACAGUCUUGUGUUAAACUAAUGAGGGGUCUACUGAUGUGCAUGAUGCAACAGAAGGAGAAAGUGGAACGUUUUAAACAAACCCAGAAUCCUUUAGAUUCAUUACAUGCCAAAUAUUCCUCAGUCACUGGGCAGAUAGUUGUUGGUGACAAUGAGUGGGGCCAUCUCCAGAUAGAUGCCAUCUCAUUAUACCUUCUUAUACUAGCACAAAUGACAGCUUCAGGGUUGCAGAUAAUAUUUAAUCUCGAUGAAGUAGCUUUCAUUCAAAAUCUGGUAUUUUAUAUAGAAUGUGCAUAUUGUACUCCAGACUAUGGCAUCUGGGAGAGAGGUGACAAAACUAACCAUGGUCUCCCAGAGCUCAAUGCUAGCUCAAUAGGAAUGGCUAAAGCAGCACUGGAAGCUAUGAAUGAGUUGGAUUUAUUUGGAGCUAGGGGAGGGCCAUACAGUGUUAUUCAUGUUCUUGCUGAUGAGGCACAAAAGUGUCAGGCUGUACUACAGUCUAUGCUUCCGAGAGAAUCCAACUCUAAGGAAAUAGAUUCUGGAUUACUAUCAGUUAUAAGCUUUCCAGCUUUUGCAGUAGAUGAUCCUGCGCUUAUUGCUUAUACUAGAGAUAGCAUAAAAGAUAAGCUUCAGGGCAAAUAUGGCUGCAAGAGGUUUCUGAGAGAUGGGUACAAGACACCUAAAGAGGAUCCAACAAGACUGUACUAUGAGCCAUGGGAACUGAGAAUGUUUGAACAUUUAGAAUGUGAAUGGCCAUUAUUUUUUUGCUAUCUUAUUGUUGAUAGUUGCUUCCAAGGAAAUUCUGACAUUGCAGAUGACUACACCAGUCAGUUAGAACAGAUUAUGAUUAAAACAAAUGAUGGGCUGAAAUUGGUUCCAGAGUUGUAUUCUGUGCCAGCAGAAUUAGUAGGAGCAGAGUACAAGGAACCUGGCAGCCAACAAAGAGUACCGCAGGGCCAUUGUCCCUUUCUGUGGGCACAGUCGUUGUAUAUCAUUGGAAAACUAUUGCAAGAAGGGUUUCUAGCACCAGGAGAGCUGGAUCCCUUAAAUCGUCGGUUGUGUGCUGAGAAGAAGCCUGACGUUGUAGUCCAAGUAGUUAUUUUAGCCGAAGAUAACGAAAUUCGAGAUAAACUUGCGGAGCAUGAUAUUAAUGUUCAAACAGUAUGUGAGGUAGCGCCUAUUGAAGUUCAACCUGCCAAGGUGUUGUCACAUCUAUAUACAUACUUAGGCAGAAACAAAAAGUUAGGCAUGUCAGGUAGGAAAUCGAGGGAUGUUGGUAUUUUAUCCACCAGCAAAUUAUAUUCUCUGGGAGACAAAAUAUUUGCCUUUACUCCUCAGUUCACGGAUAUGUCCCAAAAUUACGUAGCCUCCGACUAUGAACUAAUGAUAGACAUUUGCAAGAGUGAAAUCAAUUUUUUGAAGUCCAGUUGGCAGAAUAUGCUAGGAAGACCUUUAGUAACGAUAGUUUGCAGAAGAGUUCACCUAGAAUUUUGAUGCCGAAGAAUACUAUACGAGCUACGACAUUGCGCUGUUAGCUGACAAGGUGAUAGCUCACCUGGCCUUUUUGUCCAUGCACUGGCGGAAUAUGCUCGGUAGACCUACCAUCUCACUCGUUGCUUCGCGCAGUCAUUUAGAAGAUGGAAAGUUGCCCCUAGCGAUGAUGACAACCAUGAAAAAGUUAAAAUCCGGCUAUAUCAAUGGAACAAGAGUGACUUUGGGCAAUCUCUCUGAUUUUCUGAGCACAAGCUGCAUAACUAAUUUAAGUUUUCUCGGUUCUCACGAAGAAGGAAUGCCAGAUAAGCUGAACCUUCAAGUACAACAAUAUUUAGAGGAACAUUCAGUCCGAACUCUAUCACAAAAGUGUCAGCUCCUAAACGCUAGGCGGACCAGCGCUAAGGGCAGACACUUGCUCAAAAGAAGGAUGUCGGUUAAGGGAGCAGUCAAGAAGACCAGAUCUAUAAAUGUUGACUCUGAAACACUAGGCAUGGAGAGUGAAGCAAGUUUAGAACGACGUGGUUCUAUGUUCUUCACAUCAAACCAACUAGAUGUAGUUGAUCAUUCAAAAGAUAUGAGAUCACCUUCACCUGAGGAGCCUAAUAGAGAAUUUAGAAAGAGAGAAACUCCCGCUGUGACUAUAUCUAAGUAUCGCCAACAGUCCGACUCUCAAUAUGCUGAUACUGAGGUAGAAGAAUUGUUUGCAAUGCUCCGUGAGUCAGAAGCUUUAGAGGAGCAGGGAGAUAUUUUGCAGUAUUUAGUAGAUACCAAAGGAUUAGAUUUUAAUACGGGGAUGUUAGAAUAUGGUAAAGUGGUAACUGUCAAAGACUUGUUGAAAGGACUAUACGAAAAGGCUUGCCAGCAAAAAAUGUGGGGAUUGGUUAGACACACUGCAGGCAUGUUGGGCAAGCGUGUUGAAGACCUCGCAAAAUCGGUGACCGAUUUGUUGGUACGCCAGAAGCAGAUAACUGUGGGAAUGCCGCCAAACAAUGAACAUACAAUCACAGCUCCUUUACCGGAAUCCGAUCUCCGACUGUUGAUCAGGGAAGCAUACGGAGAAGAUGAUAGUGCUGCGAUGUUGACUCAAGAGUUGCUACUAUAUCUGGCCAUGUUUAUCAGAACUGAACCGCAAUUGUUUUUGGAAAUGCUCAGGCUAAGAGUUGGACUUAUCAUACAGGUAAUGGCUACUGAGCUGUCAAGGACACUAAUAUGCGAUGGAGACGAGGCAUCCGAGCAUUUGUUAAACUUGAGUCCAUUUGAAAUGAAGAACUUGCUGCAUCACAUAUUGAGUGGAAAAGAAUUUGCAAUCAGUAGUGUGGGAAGAGGAAACUUUUCGAUUGUGACGAAUAAAUCUAGUCGAAUUAGCAAGAAAAGCCAUAUAAGCCUUGGAGAUGCUGCAGAAGAAGUUGAACCAGAUCGCCAAGGCCAGUGGUUGAGAAGAAGACGUUUGGAUGGUGCUUUAAACAGAGUUCCUAGAGAUUUUUAUCCUAGGGUUUGGGGUAUCCUUGAAAAGUGUCAAGGAUUGGACAUCGCAGGAAAGGUUCUCCCACAGACAUUAACUCAAGAGAUGACGCCUGGGGAGUUGAAGUUUGCCCUCGCAGUGGAAACUGUGUUGAAUACCAUACCUCAACCAGAAUACAGACAGUUGAUUGUUGAAGCUUUGAUGGUACUGACUCUUGUAGUGGAGUACAAUGUGGUAGCAACUUUGGGUGGGAUUAUCCAAGUAGAAUAUUUGGUGCAUAAGGCGAAUGAACUAUUUUUGGACGAUCAGAUGAAGUGUGAGGGAGAUGCUACCUUAUGUUGUGCCAAGCCUAAAGAAAUGCGAGAAACAUCUCGUCUCGGAGGAUUGUUGUGUGGUGGCGCUGCCGGUAUCUGCCAGCAUUUCUACGACAGUGCACCAAGCGGAUGUUAUGGUACAAUGACAUACUUAACCAGAGCUAUUGCCAUUACGUUGGAUUGUCUACCCAAGCAUGGAGAGCUUGACUGUACUAUUAGUUAGUUUGAUUGUGUUAGAAAUUGUUUUUAUUCGGCGUAGCCUGUUACCAAUGAAUGUAUUCAAUAGAUUAAAAAAAAAGUUGUAAAACAAGUAGAUUACAAAGUUAUGGAGCUAUGACCCUUAUGAGUUCUACAAUAUUCUUAUAGAUCUUCAUGAAGUAUUGUGAUUGAAAUACUUAUUAUAUAUUAUCAAUAAUAAUUUAAAAGGUUUAACAUUACCGAGUUUAUCAUAAUGACAAAAAUAUGCACAUCUUUGCGAUUAUAUGGAAACACAUGGAACAUAUACUAUAUCAUUGGUUCUAUACUGUACAAUAAAUCUUAUUUGAAGUAAUGGGAUUGUGGUAUCUUUAUAUUUACUUGUUCAGUUGUAUUUUUUGAGUUAAUAAAUAUUAUUAUCUGAAA